AUGAAAAUGUAUUAUUACUACUGUGAGGAAACAUUCAUUAAAGGCAUAAAAUUUGAAAGAACUUUAUCCCCUACCAAAGGAUUUAAAAAUGUUACUGGAAACUGUUCAGAAUACGCUAUACCUCAAAACGGUGCUAAAGCAAGUUUUAAUAUACACUGUUAUUCAAAUGGGACGUGGAGUAAACCCGCAGGUGAUCAUUUGAAUUGCUUCUGUAUUGAAGGAUUUGCUCCUGAUAAAACAAAUGGAUCAUGUUCGAGUAAGUUAUAGUAUAUUAAUUCAUUUUGUACAUACAUGUACUUAGCUGCAUGUUUUAUGCUAUGUUCGGUUUCGACGUUUCCUGAUCCUCUUUGUUUAAGGAUAACUGAAGAUAUUUCCAGCUUUGUUUCAUUAACUUUACUCUGACUUGCAAACAUAGCUUAGUUUGAAUAAUUCUUUGCUCUUCUAAUUACAUAGUGUAAUUCUCAUCUAUAUAUAUAAACAGUGUUUAUAUAAUCGUGGCUUGUACGAUGUACUUUGAAUUUUCUUGAAUCUGGGAGUGUUACCACAACACCGAAAUCGGUGUAAAUGCAUGCAAUGUAUUUAUGCUUUGCUUUUACUCAUUCUUGUGCCUUGUAGGUUGUUCAAAUACCAGUUUCAAAAAGAAAAUUUCAAACGACAAUUGUACUGAGUGUCCUGCGAACACUGUUAGUAACGUGAACAGAAACAGCUGUGUUUGUAAAGAUGGUUAUUAUAAACGUUCUUCCGAUAGCUCUCAGUCUGAAUCAUCGCCUUGUUAUGGUAAGUUUUCCGAUUUGUUGCUUUUUAUCCCGCUUUUCGAGCUUAUUUAUUGUGAAUACACAAAGUGGAUAACGUGUGUACUUUUUGAGGGGCUAGGAAAUUUAUGAGUCCGAGUUCGAUGAGCUCAAGCCCUAGGGUUGGGCGUUGUGAUCAGGGGUUAGGGACUGUAGGGUUGGUUAAGCGAAGCGUUACGAGUUGUUAGGGUGAGUGGGUAUAAGAUUAGGGAAAAGAUUAGAUGAGAUAAGGUUAGGUAGGUUUAUGUAUAUUUUUCGUUGGUAAUAUGUAUUUUAUUACACCAUGCAGGCAGGCUUCAAACUCGAACUUAAAUUCCAAUUUGACAUCAACUCGAGAGGAAGUCGAAUUUUUUCUAAUAAACUUUCGCAGAACAACAGAAAGUUGAUCCAUCUAUUACAUGCAUAAUGCCUUCGGAUACCCUGGCCCAUAGUUAUACGCAUAACCCAAUAGCCUGAUUGGUCUCACUUGCCUACAAUCGGUCUCAUUGGGUAUCGCAGUUUUGAUUCAGCUGUUUUAGGAUCACAUCUGCGUGACUUUAAUUUGUAUUUCUAUAAAUUUUAUAAUUCCAGCUCUGCCAGAAAUCAGAGAGAAACCCAGAGCAAGACUUUUUGCUUAUGGUGUUGAAUUAUCGUGGACAGCACCAAAAAACAGCCUAAAUGAAAUUAUCUUGUACAACGUCACAUGUUUUAUAUGUAGCCAGAGAAUUUGUAUUCCAUGUCAGGACGAGGCAUACCAUCCUAGCUCGAAUAACUUGAGGCAGACCAGCGUGAUUGUGUCCAACCUUAUUGCCGGAGGAAAUUACGUAUUCAGAGUCUAUGUUAGUGUGAAAGACGUGGUUCCAGAAGGUGAAUGGCGCUAUAUUGAAACAGAUCGUGUACAAGUUACUUCAGGUAAGGAGCUGCACUCUUUGGAAAUAUAGUCUUUUCUACUAGCCCUUUUUACAGUACCCCUAACUUACGUAGCAUUUCAGUAUUUUUGAGUUCGUUGAUAGAAAUAACUAAAAAAUUUUUUAUCUUUAAAGAUUCAGUCAAGGAAACAACAGAUUGUACAGAUAACUCUGGCAUAAUCAUUAAUAUUAUCAUAGCGACAACAGUGGCUGGCGUAUUUCUUAGCAUCAUAAUUGUUUUAUUUGUAAAAUACAAACGACUAAAGCGGGAUUUAAGGCUAUUAACACAUGUCGAUAUCCCACUGAAGGCAGUGGACACUCCACAAGAAUCAUUGCCAAUUGAUCAGGUAUAAGUCAUUUACGAAUUGUUAAGUUCGAACUGGUAGAGCUAUAUGCCGAUCCAGCAUAAGUAAACUAAGUUAGUUUAGUUUGUAAACUCUGCUUCAAGCGUUGGAUGAAACAUGCAGACUGUUGUGGCAAAUUUUUGAGGUAAAA